AGCCCACGUUCCCGGCCGUGACGUAGGGUGGGCUGGUGGCGGCCGCUGGGGUGGGUCUGCCCGCGUGCCCAGAGGAGGCGGCCACGGCGCCGGGCGGAUCGAGCUGUGGCGGGAUCAAGCCUGGAUUCCCGGGAACCGCCCGCCGAGGCCGAGGGGCGCCUGAACGUGGCCCCCUGGGGCGGACGGCCGGAUGGGAUAGGAAAGCAGGAAUGAGCAAGGGCGAAAACAGGGAUGGACGGGACGUGCUGAUGGCGGUGAAGUACCAUCCGCUGCAGCUCCAGGAGCCGCGCAGGUCUGGUUUGGAGAUCAAGCCCGGUCGACCCGUUACGGAAAGAAGAAGGUAUAUAAAAUUUAAACCUUCUCUCACAAGUGUAUGGUAGAGCUAAAGAAGAAGACAAACAAGUAAGGGUCAUCUGAAAUUGUAAUUGGCUCACUAAUAAUCCCAGGACUAAGUUGGAAAGAAGUACUCAAGCAUAAGACGACUACAAAGAUGUUUGAUAUAAAGGCUUGGGCUGAGUAUGUUGUGGAAUGGGCUGCAAAGGACCCAUAUGGCUUCCUUACAACAGUUAUCCUGGCCCUUACUCCAUUGUUUCUAGCAAGUGCAGUACUGUCCUGGAAAUUGGCCAAGAUGAUUGAGGCCAGGGAAAAGGAGCAAAAGAAGAAACAAAAACGUCAAGAAAAUAUUGCAAAAGCUAAACGACUAAAAAAGGAUUGAAGGAAUGAAUGAACAGGCUAUAUAACCAGAGGAACAUCAUUUGGAAAAUUAUUCAGUGUUGAAAGGACCCACUAAGGUUUCUUUUCUGGUUUUUGUGUCAGUAAUUUGUUGUAAACAAAGUCAGAGCACCUGUAAGAAUCAUGUUAGUUGUGACCUCUACUGCAGCAACUUUUAGGUUUUGGUGUAGAAGUCUAUUGAGAGUUAACUGUAAAUUGGCUUUUAUUAUGCUAUAAAUUCUUUAUAAUUGACUUAGUCAUUUGCCAUUUUGCAGAUUGUGUUCUGAAAUGAAACAUCCUGUGGAGAAAAAUGACUGUACAUUAUGAACUCUAUUCAAAUAAUGGCUUAGAAUGGGGUCCUGUUCUGGACGAAGGGAAUUGAGAAUGUAAAAAUCAAAACUGUCCAAUGGUGAAAACUGUGCUUUGGCUUAAAGAGGCAUAUAGUAUAUUAUUUACAUCUUCUAUCAUUAUUGCUUAUUUCUUGGCAUAGAAUCAUUUCUGGCUUUCUCAAAGCCACAUAUUAACCAAUGACUGUGUUCUGCAUUUUUCUCAUUUUAGUCUUUGAGAUAAUUAACAGACAUUCUAUAUUUUUUAAAAUCUCAUUUUAUAAGAAUUCUCUUACUGGCUAUGUAGAAUACCACCUACCAGAUAGAACAGUUUUUGUACUUAUGAACCUGCCAUUUUCUUAGAGAUGUCUUGAGUAGAAUAACACUAUGAUCUAAAGCUUGCAGUAAAAAUGCCAAACCUUGUGGUACUUUGGAACCAGUGUAUUCUUUAUUGUGCUAUGUAGAAAUGUAAAGUAGUUAAAAUGUCUUAUCACAUAAUUUGCUCAUUACAUAGAUGCCACUUUUGUGUUUUUAUUCAUUUCUUCAUUUUAAUUUAUCUAGUAGUGAUGUUCUGUACUUUCUGAUCAAACAGGUUCAUGUGAAAAUUAAAACUUCAUACUUCUCUUAAAGAAUUCUUAAAAAGUAAUAGUUAAGUGGUAUUUCAUAAGUGGUAAAGGGUUAACAUUUGGAAAAAUUUUGUUCAUCAUACUAGUAAUUGGGUGAAAAAGACAAACUAUGUCAAAAUGAGGAUGUGUUAAAAUUAGAAAUAAAGAGCUAAAGGAUAUUUCCUUCA